AUGCCUACCUAUCCUCUUCAACUCACCUGCCUGGGGGUGAUCUACGGCACUCCCCUCUUGGCUUCGAUAUUCGUUAUUCUGCGGAUAUACACACGGCGGAAGCUGAACUUACGGUUAAGCUGGGAUGUCAAGAUGUGGCAUGUUGGCGUGCAUAUCUGGGAGGUGCCGCCGAACGAGAUAGAACCAAACUAUGACGAGUACUAUGCCGUUGUCAUGGCGUUCAACCUCUUGAACAUCCCCAUACUACCGCUCGUCAAAGCAUCGAUCAUCCUUCUCCUCCUUCGGGCCGGUUCCGUUAUUGAAUGGCUCAAGCGAGUGCUCUAUGCCAUCUUGGUCUUCACUGUUGGAAGCGCAUUGAUACCAUGGUUCUUUGUUACUGCCAUCGGCGCGGCAAAGAUCUACUUAUCGUAUCGCGACCGCCUCUACACUCUGUUCAACCCCGAUUGGACCUACCCGAUCGACUACUGCAUCAACCACAUUGAGAACAACGUAGCAAUCAUCGUAGCCAACAUACCGAUCCUACGCGGCCUCGUCACACGAUGGAUCUUCAACUUCCGCACCAAAGCGACGCCCAUUGAUCGCGAGUUUCGUGGUGAUUGGCAACAGCAACAGCAACAACAACAACAACCGAGAAAGUCGGACGCUUCAGACUUCAGCCGCUACACAAGAAAGAACCGCGUGGUACAGAAGAUCCUCCCCUGCAUCCAGGAUGAUUUUUCCAGCAGCCUGGCCUCGCGCUCCAAAGGCGACCUCAGCACGUUACCAGAAACGAAGUUACUUUCCUCGAUCGCGAAGGAAUAG